AUGGUAAAUUCUAUCUCGUUUGUGAAGCUAUCCAGUGAUCUUUUGGAUGAGCUUAAGGAGUUUGCUAACUUUGACUCCUUUAUCACUGAUAUUCACGCGAAGGUUUUGUUGAGGGAUGCCUCUAUAGAUUUGAAGGGUGACAAGUUUGCAUUAUUCAAAAUACAAGAUGGAAUCCUGGUGAAGAAGGGACAGAUGGUUCCUCAUAUUGACAAACUUAUCAAACAGAUUUUGGUUGAGUGUCAUGAUGUGCCAAGUGUUGGGCAUCUGGGGGUAUUGAGAAUGUAUAUGUUAGUGAAGAAGUAUUCAUUUUGGCCUGGGAUGAAGUCAAAUGUUAAGAAGUACGUAUGUGGUUGUUUGAUCUGCCAAGCGGUCAAAGUUGAUUAUCAGAAGUUUGCUGGCCUGUAUCAUCCUUUACGUGAUCCCAAGUUCAAGUCCAAGUUUUGGCAAACGGUCUUUGAGAAGCUAGAGACUAAGCUGGGCAUGAGUACUGGUGAGCAUCCACAAUCUGAUGGGUAG